AUGAAUACCAUUGCUAUCAAAUGUAUUCAACGUGAUAUUGACGAAAUUAAAACAAAUUCCAAAGAUUCACCAAUUGUUUUUGCUGAUCCGAUUGAUGAUGAUUUCUUCGUAAUUGAAGCAGUUAUUUCGGGACCAUCAUCAACAACCUAUGAAAAUGGAAUAUUUUUACUUUCUAUUAAAUUUUCUGAACAAUAUCCGUUCAAUCCACCAAAAUCAGUAAUAUUCAAACGGGCUAUAAUGCAUCCGAAUGUUGAUGAAUAUGGUAAUUUUAUGUCAGAAUUAUUGAAACCAGAUACUUGGUUACCAUCUAUGACAAUUAAAAAUAUUUUAGAACACAUUUGGGCUCGUCUUGCUAUUCCAGAUGUUGAUUCAAAUGAAUGCGAUUUAACUCGAGCUCAUUUAUAUAAAACUGAUAGAGAACGUUUUGAAACAAUGGCACGUGAAUAUUCAUUAAAAUAUGCCGCAGCAACGUAA